UGCAGUCGACGGCUCCCAAGCGUUCGCGCGCAGAGUAUGCGAAGAUGGCUUCGCGGGAACACUCCUGGAGCUAAUGAUCUCCACGCCUGCAGUGUCGCGAAUGGUGGUGGCGUGCGCCGUCAACGUGCUCAUACAUGACGGGGAGGCGGCGCCGCAGAUGCUGCCACUGGUGGCGCCGGUGUUGCAGCUGCUGGACCGCAGAGCAGACGAGAAGCUGGCGUCGGUCGCGCUAACCUUCGUCGAGGUCAUGCUCGGCAUGUCAGAGGUCGUCGAUAGCGUGGUUGUGCACAUUGAGGAGUCGUGCAGCGCUAGCAGUCUACAAUUUCUGAUGGCACGCGGUCACGAAGAAACGAAGAAAGUUGUCGACGGGAUACAGGCGAAGAGAUCUUAGCGGGCGCCGCUGUAGCUCGUGUAAAUACGUGAUGUUGCACUACCCAAGCUGAGAAAUAGAUGUGUGAUGCAGAGACUGUCACAAGCUGUCAAUGACUGUCACCAGUGUGCAAUGACUCACCAGUGUGCAAUGACUGUCACCAGUGUGCAAUGACUCACCAGUGUGCAAUGACUGUCACCAUGAUGCAAUGACUGUCACUACAAUGCGAUGACUGUCACCAGUGUGCAAGGACUGUCACCAGUGUGCAGUGACUGUCACCACAGUGCAUAGACUGUCACCAGUGUGCAAUGACUGUCACCACAGUGCAUAGACUGUCACCAGUGUGCAGAGAUUGUCACCAGUGUGCAAUGACUGUCACCACAGCGCAUAGACUGUCACCAGUGUGCAGAGAUUGUCACCAGUGUGCAGUGACUGUCACCACAGCGCAUGGACUGUCACCAGUGUGCAGAGAUUGUCACCAGUGUGCAGUGACUGUCACCACAGCGCAUGGACUGUCACCAGUGUG